AUGAGCGCCAGCAAGCAUAACCGCAGACCCCCUACCAUAUGGGUCAGUGAAGCACCGCCCCUUCAAGCUGAUUCAGUCUCCGAGACAUCUACAGUGGAUCAAGCUUUCCCGAAACCGUUGAGAACCAAAGAGAAGACGGCAACGCUUGAUACCGAGAAAUAUCGCUCGAGUUCGGGAGCUUUGCAUGAAGAUCCAUGGAGCAUACUUGAGCCCAUUGCAAAUAUCAAAUUGGAUCAUCCAUAUGUGCUGGCUCGAUACAAGGAAGACAAAGGCAGACUUGUCCAAGUGCGGAAACUGGAGCUGCAAGCAUUCUCCGACCUUGGAUUGCAACGAACGCUGAAUCGCAUCUCUCACCCCACUUUCCGGUCAUUGCUUGGAUGCUAUCAUCAUGAUGGUUCGGUGUUUUUGGCCUGGGAGCAUGUGGAAGUUUCCGUCACUCAGAUUCUGGCAACGAAGCUCGUGAUCACGGCGAGUGAGAUCAUUGCAAUUGUCAAGCCAAUACUCGAAGGGAUUCAAUACCUGGCUGAACGCGGGAGAGUGCUGGCCACUUUGACAAUGAAUACCAUCUUUUUCACUCAGUCUGGCAAGGUCAAGAUAGUGGGUAUCGAGGACAGCUGCGAGAUAAGUGCUUGGGAAAUGGAUGCUGCGACAAUGAAGCUGUACGCUUUAGCGGAUAUUGUAACCAAGCUGAUGGGUAAAUGUCAUUCGACGCAUGAGUGGCCUGUCGAGAUUGAAAAUCUGCCUGAUCAGCUUAAAAAACACUCUUUGACGGAGAUCCUGCAGGUGAUUGCCCCCCUUCUCUUCAAUGUAACAAGGCUGAUGUCCCAGACAACCCCCUUUCAGCAAAGGCCAAGUCCAGAAGAGUUGAAAUCGCUUGUCAACUUGACGAACAAAAUCGUGUAUCACCGAGUCGAAAUUCAUUCUCAUCGUGUAUGA